UAGAUUCAACUGUAAUUUAUUCAAUUGUAAAUAUGAUAAAUUAAACUACAAUCGUAUGAUUGAUUUUAGGCAUUCAAUAUGAUUUUAAAUUCAAGUGUUUUUGAAGCAAAUAUUUCUAUAGUUGAUUUUUUCAAUCAUAUAGAUUUGAACCUAAAUUUGAGUUCCCGUGCGCGAGAGUGUAGUGUUCAUCCCAUCAGCGUAAAAAAGAAAAGAAAACAACGGCCAAACACAAAGUUAAAAUUGAAAGUUUUUCUAACAUUUUACAUAAUUUAAUCAAUUAUUUAUCUUUUCCUCAUCUAGGUUAUUAGCUUCUAAUGGGAGAAUUAAUUGCGGUGCCAAUACCAUCGGAAGCGUAUCAUCUUAGGACCGCCAGACCAGCUUUCAACACCAGCAGUACAAAAACAGCAGUGCGGAAUAUAAGGUCCCGGACUUUUCCAGCGAGCACCACUUGCAGGAUGUUGACCGAGCGGGGAGCCAGGACAAAAGAGCAGAUGUGUUUCCAAACUCGAAUGGUUGGAAGACAGAAACUUCCGACGGAAACCCAAAAACGGAAAGGAGUGAGAAGUUCCCCGGAAGGAGCGUUCCAAUACAGGAUUUUCAAGGGAGCUGGCGAGUCUAAACUUUCAAACAUGUAAUUCACUCGUUUCAAUCGAAAGCUGGAAAAUACUUGGGACUUAAAAUUCCUAAAAUGUCAAAAAACUUUAAAAAAAACACCGAAAAACC